AUGGCGGGGCGGCCCGUGGCCUCGGACUCGCAGUCUCCGGACCCCGACCGAGGAGCGCCCAAUGUGGUGGCGCGGAUCUCGCAGUGGGCGGACGACCACCUGCGCCUCGUCAGGAACAUCAGCACUGGAAUGGCCAUAGCUGGAAUAAUGUUAUUUAUAAGAAGUGUUCGACUGACUUCAAAAUUUACAAGCUCUUCAGAUAUUCCAGUAGAAUUUAUAAGAAGAAAUGUUAAACUACGUGGACGAUUACGACGAAUAACUGAGAAUGGUUUAGAAAUUGAACAUAUUCCUAUUACUUUACCUAUUAUAUCUUCAUUGAGAAUGUUACCAAAAACUCAGCACUUGGCAACAAGGCCUGAUCAGAAGAAUGAGGACAAGUGGUUUGAAGAGGAAGGAAAGAGACAUUUUAUUACUUUGCAGGGAGGAUAUUUUAGCGCGAGUCUCAAUGAAGAAAUUUUGAGAAGAGGCCUUGGCAAAACUGUUCUUGUUAAAGGCCUUAAUUAUGAUUCUAAAAUCUAUUGGACAAUUCAUAGAAACUUGCUUAAAGCUGAAUUAACAGCCUUAAAAAAAAGAGAAGGAAUAUGGAAGGAAGAAUCUGAAAAAGAAAACUAUUUGGAAAAACUCAAAGAUUCCUGGAGAGAAAUAUGGACAAAAGACAGUUAUUUAAAAACAACUGGAUCAGAUCUCAACUUGAAAAAAGAAAGUUAUUAUGACAAACUUAGAAGGACUUAUGAAAUAUGGAAAGACAACAUGAAUAACUACUCCUUAAUACUGAAAUUCAGAGAACUUAUAAGUCGCAUACACUUUCGUAGAAAAGAGUGA